UGACCGGAGGCGGAAACGAUGCGGGACGAAGCUCCCUGAGCCGACCGGAGGAAGUGUCCGAGAGUUAGACUGGGAUUUUUUUUCUUUACAUUCAUGUAUUUCUGACGGAACAUUGAUGUCAUUUUGCGGGACACAGAACAGCGGCCGCCGCAGCAAAUGGGAUCAGCCGGGUCCCGGGUCUGGCUCUGGAGGGAUGGGGGAGGCUGAAGCUGCGCCCACCGGGGCUCUGGAUGCUGCAGCCGCGGUGGCCGCCAAGAUCAAUGCCAUGCUGGUGGCCAAAGGGAAGCUCAAACCCUCCCAGAUCGGCAUCCCGGGACCGCCCGAUAAAGUUCUGGGUGUUGGAAAGCCUCCAGUGCCAGCGAAAGCCAAAGAUGACCUGGUGGUGGCUGAAGUUGAGAUCAACGACGUCCCCAUCACCUGUCGAAACCUCCUGACGCGCGGCCAGACGCAGGACGAGAUCAGUAAAGUGAGCGGAGCCGCAGUUUCAACCAGAGGGCGUUACAUGACGGCCGAGGAGAAGGGCAAAGCACUCCCAGGGGAUCGACCUCUGUAUCUCCAUGUCCAAGGACAGACACGAGAACUUGUCGACAGAGCAGUUAACAGAAUCAAAGAGAUCAUCACCAACGGUGUGGUGAAAGCUGCAACCGCGUCAUCAUCCGCUUCAUCUUUCACUCCGAGUGGGACUUCAGUCACAGUUUACCAGCAGCACAACCCGCCUCCCAUGCCCCCCAUGACCCACCACAAGCCGCACUUCCAGUCGGGGAUGCACUACGUUCAAGAUAAGGUCUUCGUGGGACUGGAGCACGCCAUCCCGGGCUUUGUGGUCAAAGAGCGGGUGGAAGGUCCUGGCUGUUCGUACCUGCAGCACAUCCAGGCAGAGACGGGGGCCAAAGUCUUCCUCCGGGGGAAAGGAUCAGGCUGUUUAGAGCCAGCCUCUGGGCGAGAGGCCUUUGAACCAAUGUACAUUUACAUCAGUCAUCCAAAGCCAGAAGGGCUGGCAGCGGCGAAAACACUGUGUGAAAACCUGCUCCAGACGGUCCAUGCAGAGUAUUCUCGCUUCCUGAAUCAAAUGAGCACAAUGAUGCCAUCUCAGCAAGGCUUCGCACAGCCUCCGGUUGUGAAUGGGAUGCCCCCCCAGCCUCCUUACUACCCGCCUGCCGGAUACCAGCCGGGCUACACCAUGCCAGUUCCUCCUCCGCAGCCCCAACCAGUCCCCUCUCCUUACUGCGUCCCUCCUCCGAUCCCUCCGGUGGCCGCCCCCGCCGUGCCCUCUCAGUACCCUCUCCGGCCGGCCCCCGCCCCGGUUCCUGCUCCGGUUCCUCCUCCGGUCGCCAUCGUAUCUCCGGCGCCCGUACCUCCACCUGCACCUGCUCCCGUUCCUCUUCCUGCUCCAGACUCUCUGCCACAGACUCUUCCUCCUGUACGUUUUCCUCCCGUUCCUGCGGCGCCGCCUAAACCUCCACCUCUGACAGCUCCAGCCAGUCAGCCACAGAAGAGACGCUUCACAGAGGAAGUGCCGGACGAGAGGGACAGCGGCCUGCUCGGAUACCAGCAUGGACCCAUUCAUAUGACUAAUUUAGGUGCAGGCUUCUCAGUGGGCAGCCCAGAGAUUGCAGGACCCCCACCACCGAGUUCCUCCGGCCCACCGAGUGAGAGGGACAGCAGGCAGCUAAUGCCUCCACCGCCGCCACUGCCCGUGAACGGAGUCAGACCCAAGAUGGACGACAGACGGCCGCUGCAAGGCCCCGUGGGUAAGAAUGUUAUCCCGUGGAUUUACAAAUCCACGGCCCAAAUCUAAAUCCACAAUCCGUGACUGUGGACGGCGACUGUGUAUAAGCCGGGGCGUCCAAUCGUUCCCAAGCCGUAAUUUAGAUCUGCAGAGAGUAAAAUGUAAAUCCUCUCCCAGAUCGCCAGGCUGCGCCCGAGUUUCACUCUGAGGAGUGUUAAAGCAGUGUGUCGGAGACACAAACCACCAGCAGGUGUAAAGAUACACACAGAAGGCACAGAAAGCUGUUUCUCCUUAAUCCGCUGUUGUCAUGAUAAACGCCUCCUCCAGGCUUUUAUCCAUCUUAAGAUUUUCUUUUUCCCAGGAUUCUGCUGCCGUGACUAGAAAUCUUGUAGUGGUGAAAUCCGGUUUUGCUUUGUUUUUACGAGUCCACCUCACCGUCCCGUUCUGAUGACAUCAUCGGUCUGCCGUUGCUCUUUUCUCCACACUAACGAGAAUCUCUCCUGUUUUUGUGUUUUUCUCUUUUUCUCUGUGUUUUUCUUCUCUUCCAUGUAUCUCUGGGGCAAUGCUGGAUACUGAUUUGGGGGUGGGGCACGACUCGUCCUCUCACGCUGUCCUUCCCGUUCGAUUGGACGGCCCUGACGCUGUCGCUCCCCACCAACCAAUGGCUGCUUUCGAAUGAUGGCCCCACCCCAACCCCUCCUCUCCUCUGCUGCCAUAUAAAUCAUUUGAAUCUAAUAACUUUGUGUUUCUCCCUAAAUGUGUUUGGAAUAAU